AUGGAGAGAUACGGGCUAUCUCUCCCAGAUCAUGACAAAUGGACAAUUAGUAAACAAAAUAUUUUAAAGAACACUUUCUCUCUUUUACUCAUUGUCCUUUCUUUUCUCUCUCACGUUUCCUCUUUUCUUUCUUUCUUCUUCUUUACACAGUUCAGCUUCAAACACGGUCUGGCUGCAACAGAGAUAUAUACUUUCUUCUUCUCUCUUGAUUUCUCUUUUCUUUCGUCAAACACAGGCUGUAUUUUCCUUGCGUCUUCUCGGGCAGAUGAAAAAUUACCAACGAAACAACCCCUUUUUUUCUUUCUUUCUUUCUUUCUUUCUUUCUUUCUUUCUUUCUUUCUUUCCAGACCUACCUACCUACCUUUCGUUCUUUCUUCUUUUCUGUCUUUCUUUUAUUCUUUCUUUCUUUUUUUUGAAUCAUCACAUUUCUUUCUUUCUUUCUUUCUUUCUUUCUGUCUCUCUUUCUUUCUUUCUUUCUUUCUUUCUUUCUUUCUUUCUUUCUUUCUUUCUUUCUUUCAUUUUUUUCUUUCUUUCUCUCUUUCUUUCUUUCUUUCUUUCUUUCUUUUCUUUUCUUUGUUUUCUUUCCAGACCUACCUACCUACCUUUCGUUCUUUCUUCUUUUCUGUCUUUUUUUCUUUCUUUCUUUUUUUUGAAUCAUCACAUUUCUUUCUUUUCUUUCUUUUUUCUUUCUUUCUUUUCUUUCUUUCUGUCUCUCUUUUUCUUUCUUUCUUUCUUUCUGUCUCUUUCUUUCUUUCUUUCUUUCUUUUCUUUCUUUCUUUCUUUCUUUCUUUCUUUCUUUCUUUCUUUCUUUCUUUCUUUCCAGACCUACCUACCUACCUUUCGUUCUUUCUUCUUUUCUGUCUUUCUUUUAUUCUUUCUUUCUUUUUUUUGAAUCAUCACAUUUCUUUCUUUCUUUCUUUCUUUCUUUCUUUCUUUCUUUCUUUCUUUCUUUCUUUCUGUCUCUCUUUCUUUCUUUCUUUCUUUCUUUCUUUCUGUCUCUCUUUCUUUCUUUCUUUCUUUCUUUCUUUCUUUCUUUCUUUCCGUCAGUCUAUCGUUUUAUAG